AUGGCGCCGCAAUACGCCCCAAGCCUGCGCUCUUGUUUGGCUCCUUUGCUGCUCUUCUUGCAGAUAGGCUUCAUUGCCAUAUGUUAUUUUUAUGUUGAGAUAGAAAACAACGUAAAUGGAAUUACAUUCAGCAGCCUGUACCCAGUGUUCCAGGAUUUGAACGUAGUGGUCUUUCUGGGUUUUGGCUUCUUGAGCACUUUUUUAGUGCGGUAUGGUUUCAGUGGAUCAGGAUUCAACCUUCUUGUAGCAGUCCUGGCCACCCAGUGGGCACUCAUACUCAAUGGUAUGGAGUCCUGGUAUUACAGAGGCAAGAUCUGGGUUGAUAUGAGAAGCUUGGUGAUUGCUAAGAUGUGCGCGGCCUCGGUUCUCAUCUCACUUGGAGCUGUGCAGGGCAAAACCAACCCUGUCCACCUUGUCCUCAUGGCCCUGCUGGAGGUAUUUGGCUUUGUCCUGAAUGGAUGGCUCCUCCAGACUCUGCUAAAGGUACGGCCUUUGAACAGCAUUAUGUUGCUUCACAUCUUCGGAGCUGUCUUUGGCCUUAUACUGACAUGGGUCCUGUAUCGGAAAGAAUCAAACCAGGGAUAUGAGAAGGAGAAACUCAGCCGCAAAACAGGACUGUUCUCCUUGUUGGGGACUGUGUUUCUCUGGAUGUUUUGGCCCAGUUUUAACUCUAUCCUCGUGGACUUCCAUUUUCCUGAGAGGAGGCUGAGAGCGGUGUGCAGCACCUACUUGGCCUUGGCUGUCAGCGGUGUUGCAUCUGUUGCUAUGUCUGUGCUCUCCAGUCCCAGGGGGAAAGUUAACCCAGCUCAUUUGCUGUCAUGCUUACUCUCUGGUGGUGUUGCUGUGGGGGUUCCCAUGUCAGUGAUAGAUCACCCUUGGGAAGCCAUGACAAUUGGACUGACUGCAACUGUUGUGUCAACCAUUGGAUUCCAGUAUUUCAAGAACCACAUGCUGUUUGCGUUUGACUGUCAUGACACGUGUAGCGUUCUGAGCACACAUGGACUCCCUGGACUGCUGGGAUGGCUGGCUCACCUCCUCCUGCAACUCAAACACUGUGAUGACCACACAGCGGCGACUCGGUUUGCUGCCUAUCAUAUUUGUGUUCUCCUCAUCACCAUAAGUACAAGCCUGAUAAUGGGGAUCAUAACAGGGAUAAUACUUAAAUGGGAUAUUUGGAGACCUCCGCAGGACAAAAAAUGUUUUGACGAUCAGGCUUAUUGGAAGUUUGAGCAUCUUGCAGUGCGGAAGUAA